UCCCGGUCUUUUCUUGGCUUUUCUUGAUGGCCAUUUACUCACUUUUCUUGAUGACCAUUUCUGUCUUUGGGGUGGUGUCUAGCCCAUGUUUCCGCAAUGAGCAGUCCUUGUUGCUGCAAUUGAAGAACAAUCUUACGUUUAAUUCUACUAUGUCCACUAAACUUGUUAAGUGGAAUCAAAGUGCUGAUUGUUGCUCUUGGGAAGGCGUAACCUGCAACGAGGGCCGUGUUAUUGGUCUCGACCUGACCAACGAAUCCAUCUCGGGUGGACUCGACAAUUCAAGCAGCCUUUUCAGCCUUCAGCAUCUCGAGAGCCUGAGUUUGGCUUAUAACGACUUCAACUAUUCUCAUGAGAUUCCAUCAGAGUUUGACAAGCUUGCGAAUUUGAGUUAUUUGAAUCUCUCAUCUGCUUGCUUUACAGGGCAGAUUCCUAUUGCGAUUUCGCGCUUGACAAGGUUGGUUACUCUUGAUUUAUCUUUCAAUGACCUUCAUCUUGAGAAUCCAAAUUUUAAAGUGUUGAUUCAAAACCUUUCGGAGCUUAUGGAACUUCAUCUUGAUGGUGUACUUAUAUCAGCUCCAGGUAAUGAGUGGUGUCGGGCAUUAUCAUCUUCGCUCCCAAAUCUGAGAGUGUUGAGCUUGUCAUCCUGCAAUCUUUCUGGCCCGAUUGAUUCCUCCUUGCGGAAUCUUCAUUCCCUCUCAAUUAUUUGUUUGAACGAUAACUACUUUUCAGCUCCAGUUCCAGAAUUUUUUGCAGAUUUCAAAAAUUUGACAUCCUUGGAAGUCUUCGGUUCUGAGUUGAAUGGAAAGUUUCCAGAAAAGAUCUUCCAAGUUCCAACACUACAAACGCUCGAUUUGUCAUAUAAUGAUGACCUGCAGGGUUCUUUGCCAGAAUUUCCUCUAAAUGGAUCUCUUCAAACCAUGGUUCUUAGAGGAACAAGUUUUUCUGGGACAUUACCAUCUUCUAUCGGUAACCUU